AUGACGGUGGAGACCUCCAUAAGAGUACUCGUGGUUCCUAGAGUCUUAAAAAGUAGGAUGGGAGCCAGAGCCUUCAGGUAUCAAGCUCCUCAAAACUAUAGCUGUACUGAAGAGAAAAGACCUGCAGCCGGGGCUUCAAGGAGAACAAUGGAGAGAAGGAAAACAAUGCACCUCUCUCAGGUCUUCACUCGCUACGGGAAGUGUUACACCUUUAACGCCGGCGGUGAUGGACGCCCCCCUCUCUUCACCACUAAGGGAGGUAUGGGCAACGGACUGGAGCUCAUGCUGGACAUCCAGCAGGAUGAAUACCUGCCCAUCUGGGGGGAGACAGAUGAGACUUCGUUUGAAGCCGGGGUCAAAGUUCAGAUCCACAGUCAGGACGAGCCGUCCUUCAUUGACCAGCUCGGGUUCGGAGUGGCGCCCGGCUUUCAGACGUUUGUUUCCUGCCAGGAGCAGAGGCUGAUCUAUCUUCCUCCUCCCUGGGGAGACUGCAAGGUGACGGCGAUGGAUUCAGACUUCUUCGACACGUACAGCAUCACGGCCUGCCGCAUCGACUGCGAGACUCGCUACCUGGUGGACAACUGCAACUGCCGCAUGGUGCACAUGCCGGGCGAUGCUCCCUACUGCACCCCCGAGCUGUACAAAGAAUGUGCUGACCCGGCUCUCGACUUCCUGGUGGAGAGAGACAACGACUUCUGUGUGUGUGAGACGCCGUGCAACAUGACCCGGUACAGCAAGGAGCUGUCCUUCGUCAAGAUCCCCAGCAAGGCCUCCGCCAAAUACCUGGCCAAGAAAUACAACAAGUCUGAGCAGUAUAUUAAAGAGAAUAUUCUGGUUUUAGACAUCUUCUUUGAGGCUCUCAACUAUGAAACUAUUGAACAGAAGAAAGCUUAUGAAGUGGCGGGACUUUUAGGUGACAUCGGGGGUCAGAUGGGGCUUUUUAUCGGAGCGAGCAUACUCACCAUCCUGGAGCUAUUCGACUAUCUUUAUGAGGUGAUAAAGUACAAGUUGUGUCGCUGCUCCGAUAAGAAGCAUAAGCACAACAACAACAACAACGACCAGGGGACGGUCCUGAGCGUUGACGAUGUCAAGUGUCACGUCGGUAACUUUCAUUAGGAGUCUCGAGGACUUUGUUCGUUGAGGGUUUUUUUCCGAGGCCGCGGGAGCGACCCGGAGGGGAAGUGUCUUGAGCCUGGAGAGAGUUUGUGAGUUCAGCGUGUGGCUGGAGGAGAGGUCAUGCACACGGCUGUGGAGAGCACACACAGCAGACAUGUUGUGAGGAGUAAAGCAAAUGAGACUAAGUGCAUGGUCGUCUGUAAACAGCUUCUGGAGACGUAACAGAUCCGGUGGAUGAACUGAUCCGAGGUCGGCGUGUGUUCAGUGAGUCAGCGUUAGAAAUCCCAGCUGUGUGUGGAGCUCUUUGUGAAAAUAUUUUAUGCGACGUGUUUGUUUUCACUUACGAGAUGUUAUUUAUUAAUUUUAAAUAUAUAUAAAUAGAGUUUCAUCGGCGUUGUUGUUCUUGACUUGUUCUUUUUUUUCCUCCUUUUUUUUCACCAACUUUCCAUUUUUUUAUAUUCAUGUCGCCCAACCUCGUUUCACGACCCACGUCUUCCCUCCGGAGCAUUUUGCCGAGUAAACUGUACUACCUCAUCUCGCAGGUUGACGGCGCCCUGAAGAAUUGACGAGCCGAGCAUUUGAUUAAUAAAAAGAAAGAAGUAAUUCUCAUGUUUAGAAAUGAGCAGAAUAGGUUGAGGAUUUUUUUUUGUUCUGGCCUUGAAGAGAGCCCAUGCACAUGUGCUGACAGGUCUUUACUUCAACGGUGUAAAUAUUAGCCACCAUGAGCUACAGCCCACAUCAGACACAGGCAUCCGAGUGGCCGCCAAUUCUGUUCUGUAUUGAGAGUAGUUUGAAUUUUGGGGAAUACGUCUUAUUUUCAGAGAGUUAGAUGAGAAGACUGAAACCAUUCACUCUCCGUAAAAUGUAACGCGACGGCCAGGAGCUGGUUAGCUUAGCUUAGCACAAAGAAUGUAAACAGGUGUUAAACAGCUGACCAGGUUGCAACAAAUCACAAAUAAAUAUCUUCCUUUAAGUCCAAACCCGUAAAACCGUGUGUGUCGUGUUUGCUGUAAUUGGACAGGCUAGCUGUUUCCCCCUGUUUCCAGUCAUUAUGCUAAGCUAAGCUAACUGGCUAUAGGCGUUCUCCACUCUCUCCUCUAGAGACCUAAAGCCUGUUUUUCUCAUAAUGCUGAACUUUUGCUUUCACGCACUUUUAGCAUUUUGAAGAACAUCCAACGAAAUUAGCUAAAAAAAUAUUUGAACAUGAUAAAGAGAAGUCUAAAUACACAGCAACGGCUAAAUUAAACACAGGUGUACAACCAGGUGCUACGUACUGUAUGAUUUAACUUCAAAUUCCCUUUUUAAUGAAAAUCCCUGGAUACAUUUAAAAACGCAUAUUUCCUGACAAGAGGCAAAAGAAUUGACAUUAAUCUAAGGCAGUGUCUUACAUGUGUACAUGUAGGUGCUGUUCAUCACAUGUAAGGGAAUUUUUCUUUUGUUUGUUUUUUUUGCAAGAAAAAACUAAUGAGUAUAAAUAUGUAGAAUGUGUUUUUCCAUCUUCUCGGGCUCUGAGUUGCAUGUAGCACUGACCAGUAGGCGCCUUAAGUGUGCUCCAUCAAUGAACAAGGUUUACUUCCAUCUGUCUGUUGAAUGUGAAUUUUUUUCUUCAUUUGUGUGUAUUUUUUAUGUUAUGUUGAAAAAUGAUUCAUAAUGCGACCUUCAUAUCCAAAACACUGAACCUGUUAUCAGUUGGUAAACAUGUCGGCUCUGGCAUGUUCAAUACUGGGUCUAUUCUAACUCUGUUUACAAAAAUCUAACAAUAUUCUGUUGCCGUUAAUCCACUUGCACUCAUUCCCAUUGAGAUCCGUGUUUUCUUAACAGGAAGUGGGAAAUGUAGUAGCUGUGUAGUGUUAUUAUCAAGCACAAUCAUUCCAUCAACCGCAAUGUAAUGUAAAUAUUGGAUAAUAAUCUCAUUAUUACGAUGGUCUGAUCUGUGUCAUGUUGUACUUGUUGUAUUUAGACUUUUGGGUAUCUCUUUCUGUAUAUAUGAUUGUACGUUUAUUUAUGAGAAGUAUAUUUAUCAAAUAUUAAAGUA